GACGAGUAACCGUGUUCUCUUAUCGGAGAAUCAAUACCGAUCGAGUAACAUUUGAAUUAUUGAAUGAAGUGCGUAUAAAUGUUUGUUUUUUAAAUUUGUUAAUUGCAGGCUGACAUUUAGACCACUAGAAUAUAUGAAUAAUAGGUGUAAAAUAAUUAAAAUGUCUUCGAAUUCCUACAUUAAGUUCUACGGGAAUAUAUUUGAAGUAGAACGUAUGCAUGGAGCCCCAUGUGAUAUGUGAUGGCAGUUUUGUGGAGUUUUAUACUGGAUCUUCCAAUAGGACUUCACCACCACAUUCUGAACACGAUUCUCGGGGUAGGUGAGGGACCGAGGGAUUCCUUAGCUAGAUGUUAUUUAUAAAGCGUAUACCUCUUAACAUGCUGUCACUUGAAAAAUUUAAAGUAGAGGUAAAUUUAAAUACCUCCCCAAUCGAUCCGUUAAAUAUUGCACAGUGAUCUAUACGACCCCGAGGUUCUUUAACAUGGAGAAUUCAAUGUUUACAGAUACAUGUGCCAAAUGAAUAGACUUUAAAUAAAAUUCCAAAAUGGGGAACAAAACAGCGCGUUUAAAACCGUCUGCAAUUGAGGAUUUACAAAAAAGUGGCGUGGAUUUUUCACCUGAUGAGAUACAAGAGUGGUAUGAGGAGUACCAGCGAAGCUGCCGGUACGGCCGAUUUCUCACCGUCAAGGAGUUCAAGGACGUUUAUUCAAGGAUAUUUGGUGGAGACGCUUCAGCUUUUGCAGAGCAUGUAUUCAGAACCUUCGACACGGACAAAAAUAAAAGAGUGGACUUCAAAGAAUUUCUGAUUGGUUUGAGUGUGACGUCAAGCAGUGACGUUGACAAAAAAUUACACUGGGCAUUCCGCAUGUACGAUAUAGACGGCAAUGGCUUCAUUGAUAAAUCGGAAAUGCUGUCGAUGAUGAAGGCUGUGUAUAAGAUGACUCCAUCUAUAACGAAACCCGAUGACGUCAACACCCCAGAGAAAAUGACCCAGAAAUUGUUUGAAAAGAUUGACGCCAACGGAGAUGGUAACAUUUCUUGGAAGGAAUUUUAUGACGGUGCAACGAAAGAUUCUUUAGUUCUAGCUAUGCUACAACUGAAUCCGGACUGAAGCCAUUCCAACAUUUUGUGAUCAUGUUUCUUCACGUAAGGAGGAAAUAUGAAGCCAAGAAAUGUGUACUGUGUCCCAUGUUUUGAUUUGAGCAAACAAAAUUGCUUAGUGAAUUUGGAAAUGCUAAAUUUUUGACAGCUGUAGAGUAUAUAGAACCCACUUUAGAAUCAAUAUUUUGCUUGCAAAAUCUCCUCACUGUACAUGCCCAUCCCUUAAAAAAAAAAAAACUUUUUAAACACACUGCAGUGUCCUCCGUUUUCAUUAAUUAAGACUGCCACAGGAGCUGACAUUUUUAAUUGCUAUGUUUAUUUUGUAACUGACUUGCCCUUCAUUCUGUUUACAAUAAAUAUCAUGCAUCUGGU